CAGUAGGUAACUGCAGGAGCUAGCCUAGCCAGAGAGCGGGCUUGGCAUGGCUCAGUUACACGUCCUGCUUGGAGCCCAUGGAGGAUCGGACUGCUUGGUCUCAUGCCAAUGGAAGUUGGGAGGACGCAUGAAGGGGCUGUUUUCGACUGAGCAAAGUCGUUGCCAGAACACUUCUAGGUAGGAACGCUUUGAGAAGAUUUGCAUCCGGAAAGUCGGUCAGGGACGUUAGGAGUUGGGAUUUGGGAAUUGCGUGCUGUGCGGAGUAGUCUAAAUUGUUGGGAGCCGGUUGGUUAUUAAACCCUUGUGACGCGAACAACGGGGCGAUGCGAUUGCACUAACGCUGGCCGGAGAUGGCCAUGGAGGUUGAGGAGCGGUGUGGCAGUCUGGGGGCUGAUCUCAUGGAAGCAGACGACCACCUGCUGGAAAACCUCUGGCAGUCCUUUGGUUGGGACUCUCCUGAAGCUGGCCAGUCAGGACCUGACCAAGGGCCCGGGGCUGCUGACCUGUCAUUGGACCCCGAGAGUAAUACAAGCUGCGACUGGGAGAAGCUGUUAGACGCAGAGGAGAUUCAAAGGAUCUGGCCGGAUGAGUUUACUGUGGAUAUUGAGAAGCUGGGUCCGCUCCCUGAAAGUGCUGAGGGGGCUGCAGAACCCCCUAUGUGGGGUUGGCCCGUAGGGAAUGCUCAGGGCACUCCCCUUCCCAGUUUUGAGCCAUUGCCGUCGGUGACUGGCACUGUGAGGAAGCAGGCAGGAGCUUCUCAGACUUCUUCUUCGGUAAGCCAAAUCAGCAGCGAGCGGCAGUCAAAUAAGAAAGAGCCCGCUCAAUCAGGACAGGUUUCAUUGGGAGGAGGCCAGGGAAAGCGAUCGAGAAGCGAGGAUGGGGAUGGGAGUUCAGAAGGAGACGCGGAUAGCCCAGAAGACAGCAAGAAACGAGCAAGGUUGGUCCGCAACCGGGAGUCUGCCUCGCAGAGCCGCGAGCGCAAGAAACAGCGGAUGCAGGACAUGGAGCAGCGCUGCGCGAGCCUGGAGGAGCAAGUCCGGUCGCUAUCCAGGGCCGUCACAGCAACUGCGCUGGAGAACGCGGCGCUGCGCGAGGAGCUCGCCCGACGGCAGAUGUACCAUUUCCCACCAGCGGCCGCGACCGCCCCUGGAAGGUCCAGGGGGAGAGGGGCCAAGAAGAGCAACGGAACAGAGCCUGCAGUGCUUUCGAGUGACUCCCUGCCGUGGAGUUCCCUGUUCCACCGCUCCACUUGCCCCCCCUCCCCCCUAGCUCCAUCGCCACCGCUGCCGCAGCAGCGGCUGUUGGCAAGUGGGCCCUUCCUGCUGUUCGUCCUGCUUCUCGCGUGGUUAGCCAGCCCAGUAGGAAACCCAGAAAGCAGAGACGACAGCCAGCAAGUCAGCAGCAGCAGCCAGCUUGUCUGCAGCCUUCGGGUAGCGAGCCUGGUCCGGGGCACCUCGCCCCGCAGGCGACGGCGGGGCAAGCGAAAAGCUAGGAAGCCUGGGGUUCGAUCCGAGAGGUUGAGAAGGGGAUCAGGUUUAGGGAUGGUGUUUGAAUCUGACAAAGAGCAGCGAUUGGCUGCAUCGGCAGCUUAGGAAGGUUUCGUUAGUAGAUUGUAUAUUACUGCAACAGCUAUGGUUGGACAUUUGGAAUGCUCCUCUUCUUGGUUCGCAUGGAUUCUCAAGCUACUGUUAAGAUCAACAACUGUGUUUCUCUUUCAUAUUGCCAUUUAUGAGUCAAUCAAGAACUUGAUUGUGU